AUGCCAGCAAAUAACACACAAAAUGCCUGCAGAAGCGAGCAGUGCACGGCGUACCCUUUUAAAGUAAAGCGCGAGAUGUAUCGCGAGCAGCGACAACGUCUUGGCCAAGCGUUGCGCUCAAGCAAGGGUGCGACGCAUGCAGCCUUCCUUCAGGGUGGGUCAGAGGUACCGGUGAACUCAACGGAUAUCAAUUACCUCUUUUGGCAGGAAAGUUAUUUUGCGUACCUCUUUGGCUGCGAUAUUCCCGACAGUUUUGGUGCUGUGCUCUCCAAUGGCAAGGGCAUCCUCUUUAUUCCCCGCCACCCCGUAUCCUACGCUGUUUGGAUGGGUGAGCUGCCCAACCCGGAGAGUGUGAGGCGCACCACCGAGGUUGACGAGGUGCAUUACACUGAUGAGAUUGAAGCUGUGCUCACAGCAAAGGAAAUACAAAUCGUUGAGGUCUUGGAUGGUGUCAACUCGGACAGCGGUCUCAACGUUCUGCAGGCAAAGCUGCCGGAGUACUCCAAGCUGAAUGUGUCCAGCAGCUGGUUGUUCGAUACGCUUUCCCAGCAGCGCUGCCACAAGACAGACCUUGAGGCGGAGCUUCUGCAGUAUGUAUGCAAUGCCUCUAGUAAAGCUCAUAUUCACGUCAUGCAAACCUGCAAACCUGGUAUGUCACAACAUCAACUUGAAUCAACCUUCUUGCAUCAUGUUUAUUACCAUGGCGGUUGCCGUAAAGUGGCAUACACGUGCAUCUGUGGCACGGGUCACCAUGGGGCUAUUUUGCACUAUCCGAACAAUGAUGCACCCGUUGAGGAUGGAUCCAUGGCGCUUCUUGACAUGGGUGGUCAUUACAUGGGCUACGCAAGCGAUAUUACAUGCUCCUUUCCUGUUAAUGGUAAGUUUACUGAAGAUCAACGAGUGAUCUACAAUGCUGUGCUGGACGCCCACGACUCCGUACUGAGUCAGUUGAAGCCAGGCGUGAACUGGGUCGAUAUGCAUAAACUGGCUCUGCGUGUGAUGUGUGAGCAUCUUGUGCGGGUUGGUAUUCUCUUGGGGGAUGUGGAUGUCAUUAUGCAAAAACGUGUCAUGGGCCUCUUCCAGCCGCAUGGUCUUGGCCAUCUUAUGGGCAUGGAUGUGCACGAUGUCGGGGGCUACCUGGAGGGGUGCCCACCGCGGCCUGAAGAGAGUGACUGCUGCAAGCUUCGCACGGCCCGUGUGCUGGAAAAGGGAUUCUGCGUCACGGUGGAGCCUGGCUGUUACAUUAACCGCGUCCUCCUCACCGACGCCUUUGAAAACCCGGAGUUCAAGCCUCACCUCAACGAAGGCAAACUGCGCUCACUAUGGAACUUUGGCGGGGUACGCAUUGAGAGCGAUGUGCUCAUCACUGAGACGGGCGCUAUCAACAUGACCCGUGUCCCUCGUACCGUGGAGGAGAUUGAAAAGACAAUGGCUGGCGCCCCCUUCUCGCGGGAGAUUCAGGUAUUUACCCACUGA